AUCGGCGUGAUAACGGAUCAGCCCGUGGAUGUGAACUCAGCCGAAUCGGCCUUCCGCGUUCCUCUUACCGACUGUUUCCUGGAGAAUGGUGCACCGGGCAAAUGUUGUCGCGACGCCAAUUAUGUCGACCCAUGGCCAAUUAACUUGGCUGGCGUUUGUGCAACCAGAAACAAGAAUACCAAGCCACAAGGUAUACAAGAUGUUGACGCUAACUUUGGUGAAAUUCCAUGGCAAGCAAUGAUCCUUAAGGAAUCGACUAAAACAUUACUGGGCGGUGGUGCAAUCAUAGGCGAUCAAAUUGUUUUGACAACAGCCUCCGUUGUUAAAGGUGUGUCACCCAACGACUUGAAAGUAAAAGGUGGCGAAUGGGAAUUGGGACGAGACAGCGAACCGCUACCUUUCCAAAUAGUCGGAGUGAAGUCUAUUGAUAUACACCCCGAGUAUAAUCCAUCAACGGGUUCGAAUGACAUGGCAGUUUUAAGAUUGGAUAAGCGAAUCGAAUUUGCGCAACACGUUAAGCCCAUUUGUGUGACCAACGAGGAUCCGAAACCGGAAGAGAAAUGCAUAACCACCGGUUGGGGUAAACAAGCAAUCAAAAUUCACGAGGAGGGGGCCGUCUUGCACGUUUCAAACACAAUAACCCAAUCGCGAGCGGAUUGUGGGGCAGAUGAGACCAGCGUCUGCAGUUCAGUUGUGCACGAUCCAUGCCUAUUGGACGUCGGCAGCGCUUUAGCAUGUGGAUCUGGUUCUAGUGUCAUGCUCAAAGGCAUAUACGCAGCCGAAAAUGCCUGCGGUGAUGGCCAAACUGUACGAUUUUCGAAACCUGAUCUAAAAUGGGUCAACGGAUUCUUCACAAUACAAAACAAGGAUAUACUACUCAAGAAAAGGCGCGUGUAAGAAGGGGCUAGAUAUGUGUGAAAAGACUUAAAUUUGAGUGGCAUUAGUUUAGCAAAUAUCACCAUUAUACACCAACACCAAACAUCUUCUAGAAAAGCAAUUAUCGCAUUCCCACCACACCACCGCCACUGUUUUAAAACAAUAUGUCUCGGAAGUUGUAACUUGAUGCAAAAUGCCAAUGGGAAAAAAUUUGCAAAGUCCGUGAUUUUUAAUGGCGACUGUUGCAAGUUCACUUUCUAUUCUUUUCAAACAUUAAUUUGUGUUCAACAACAAAUUAUCCUACACUUUCCCGCUUUUAGUUAGGACUUCAUAGACAUUUCGUAAUGUGAGACCCCGCGUUGCCGGUCUGUUUCUUAAUACAUUUUAUGUUUUUCUAUUUUAAUACGUUUUGUACAAAUUAAAGAUUAAUAAUUACUAUCCUCUCGUUAUGGAACUAUGUACAUAUGUAAAUCGCAAAAAAUCGAAUAACUCCUUAAGUUUUCCACCUUCCAAUUUAAUCACGUAGUGUACAUGUACACUAAUGUACAUAAAUGUCUAUUAUGUGCCUGAUGCAAACUUUCUGUAAUGUUUUUUUUUUUUUGCGUUUUGUCAUAGUUUUAUAGUCGUUUUUAUCAUUAUAUGUAUGUAUGUAUAUGAACAUAUUUUAUAGUAAACGAUUUCCCUAAUUACAAA